ACGUCGCAGUCCCUGGCGGCCCGCCGCUGACGCAGGGGUCCCGGCCUCCAGCCCAGCGCGCCCCGGCCGGGACGCAGCGCCGGAGGUCGCGCUCGGUCGCAGCUGCUAACUGUGCGUCUCGGCACCCCGGUCACAGGGUUGGAUCGCUCGGUGUUCGCGCCGAAGCUCCGCAGGUCGCGGCCAGUCCCCGCGGUCUGGGCACCAGGGCCGCAGCCCGAGCCUCAAGGCGGGCAGGGACCGCGGACGGCCGGACAGGUCCCUGCAGCCUGCCCGCCAUGGACCCCGACCCCCAGGCGGGUGUGCAGGUGGGCAUGCGUGUGGUGCGCGGUAUGGACUGGAAGUGGGGCCAGCAGGAUGGAGGCGAGGGCGGCGUGGGCACCGUGGUGGAGCUGGGCCGGCACGGCAGCCCCUCGACGCCUGACCGCACCGUCGUGGUGCAGUGGGACCAGGGCACCCGCACCAACUACCGAGCCGGCUACCAGGGCGCCCACGACCUGCUGCUCUACGACAACGCGCAGAUCGGCGUCCGACAUCCCAACAUCAUCUGUGACUGCUGCAAGAAGCACGGGCUGCGGGGCAUGCGCUGGAAGUGCCGCGUCUGCUUUGACUAUGACCUUUGCACGCAGUGCUAUAUGCACAACAAGCACGACCUCACCCAUGCCUUCGAGCGCUACGAGACCGCCCACUCGCGCCCUGUUGUGCUGAGUCCCCGCCAAGGCCUCCAGCGCACCCCGCUCAGGGGCAUCUUCCAGGGAGCAAAGGUGGUGCGAGGCCCCGACUGGGAGUGGGGCUCCCAGGAUGGGGGAGAAGGGAAGCCAGGCCGUGUGGUGGACAUCCGUGGCUGGGACGUGGAGACCGGCCGGAGUGUGGCCAGUGUGACCUGGGCAGACGGAACCACUAACGUGUACCGCGUGGGCCACAAGGGCAAGGUGGACCUCAAGUGUGUGGGGGAGGCUGCCGGCGGCUUCUACUACAAGGAGCACCUCCCGCGGCUCGGCAAGCCGGCUGAGCUGCAGCGCAGGGUGAGUGCCGACGGCCAGCCCUUCCAGCGCGGGGACAAAGUCAAGUGUCUGCUGGACACAGACAUCCUGAGGGACAUGCAGGAAGGUCAUGGCGGCUGGAACCCCAGGAUGGCGGAGUUUAUCGGACAGACGGGCACCGUGCACCGCAUCACAGACCGUGGGGACGUGCGUGUGCGGUUCAACCAUGAGAUCCGCUGGACCUUCCACCCCGGGGCUCUCACCAAGCACAACUCCUUCUGGGUGGGAGACGUGGUCCGGGUCAUCGACGACCUUGACACCGUGAAGCGGCUGCAGGCUGGGCAUGGCGAGUGGACAGAUGACAUGGCUCCUGCCCUGGGCCGUGUUGGCAAAGUGGUGAAGGUGUUUGGUGAUGGCAACCUGCGAGUGGCAGUUGGUGGCCAGUGGUGGACCUUCAGCCCCUCCUGCCUGGUGGCCUACCGGCCUGAGGAGGACGCCAACCUAGAUGUGGCUGAGCGCGCCCGGGAGAACAAAAGCUCGCUGAGCAUGGCCCUGGACAAGCUGCGGGCCCAGAAGACUGACCCAGAGCACCCUGGGAGGCUGGUGGUAGAGGCGGCACUGGGUAACGUGGCACGGGCAGUGGACCUGCUGCGGAGGCAUCCAGAGCAGGUGGACAGCAGGAACCAGGGCAGGACCGCCCUGCAGGUGGCCACCUACCUGGGACAGGUGGAGCUGGUGCGUCGGCUGCUGCAGGCACGAGCAGGCGUGGACCUCCCGGAUGAGGAGGGCAACACCGCACUGCAUUAUGCGGCCCUGGGGAACCAGCCUGAGGCUGCCCGGGUGCUUCUGAGCGCGGGCUGUGGGGCUGAUGCACUCAAUGGCACCCGGAGCACAGCCCUGCACGUGGCAGUGCAGAGGGGCUUCCUGGAGGUGGUGCGCGUCCUGUGUGAGCGUGGCUGCGACGUCAACCUGCCCGAUGCCCACGCAGACACACCCCUGCACUCGGCCAUCUCGGCGGGCACCGGUGCCAGUGGCAUCGUAGAGGUCCUCACAGAGGUGCCAGGCGUCAACAUCACUGCCACCAAUAGCCAGGGCUUCACGCUGUUGCACCACGCGGCCCUCAAGGGCCAUGCGCUAGCCGUCAGGAAGAUUCUAGUGCGGGCUCGGCAGCUGGUGGAUGCCAAGAAAGAGGAUGGCUUCACUGCCCUGCAUCUGGCCGCCCUCAACAACCACCGAGAGGUCGCCCAGAUCCUGAUCCAGGAGGGCCGCUGCGACGUGAACGCGCGCAACCGCAAGCUCCAGUCCCCACUGCACCUGGCAGUGCAGCAAGGCCACGUGGGGCUGGUGCCGCUGCUGGUGGACGCUGGCUGCAGCGUCAACACGGAGGAUGAGGAGGGGGACACAGCCCUGCACGUGGCCCUGCAGCGUCAUCAACUGCUGCCUUUGGUGGCUGACAGGGCUGGGGGGGACCCAGGGCCCUUACAGCUGCUGUCCAGGCUGCAGGCCUUGGGGCUCCCAGGCGGCACAGAGCUGACAGUGGGCGUUGCAGUCGCCUGCUUCCUGGCGCUGGAGGGCGCCGACGUGACCUACGCCAACCACCGCGGCCGGAGCCCCCUGGACCUAACCACGGAGGCCCGGGUGCUCAAGGCGCUGCAGGGCUGCGCCCAGCGUUUCCGGGAGCGGCAGGUGGGCGGCGGGGGCGGCCUGGCCCCUGGCCCCAGGCUCACACGCAGCACCCCUAACACCGUGACGAAUCUGCACGUGGCCGCCCCCGGGCCGGAGGCCGCGGAGUGUCUGGUGUGCUCGGAGCUGGCGCCGCUGGUUCUGUUCUCACCGUGCCAGCACCGUACCGUGUGCGAGGAGUGCGCGCGCAGGAUGAAGAAGUGCAUCCGGUGCCAGGUGGCCAUCAGCAAGAAGCUGCGCCCAGAUGGAUCCGAGGUGGCGGGCGCUGCCCCCGCGCCCGGCCCGCCACGGCAGCUGGUGGAGGAGCUGCAGAGCCGCUACCGGCAGAUGGAGGAGCGCAUCACCUGCCCGAUCUGCAUCGACAGCCACAUCCGCCUAGUGUUCCAGUGCGGCCACGGCGCGUGCGCGCCCUGCGGCGCCGCGCUCAGCGCCUGCCCCAUCUGCCGCCAGCCCAUCCGCGACCGCAUCCAGAUCUUCGUGUGAGCGCCGCGCGCGCCCCGUUUUAUAAAGAGAUGCUCGGACCUUG